UUCCGUUCAGAAAGCAAAAUGGCGGACGUGGACCAGUGGAUUGAUAUCGCAAAACAAUGUAAAUAUCUUCCAGAAAAUGACCUAAAGAAACUUUGUGACUACGUCUGCGAAUUGCUGCUUGAAGAAUCAAAUGUUCAACCGGUUUCCACGCCAGUUACUGUUUGUGGAGACAUUCAUGGACAGUUUUAUGACUUGGAGGAAUUGUUUAAAACUGGAGGACAAGUUCCAGACACAUCAUAUGUGUUUAUGGGUGACUUUGUGGACAGAGGCUAUUACAGCUUGGAAACAUUUACCAGGUUAUUGACUUUGAAGGCCAAAUGGCCUGAUCGUAUUACACUUCUGAGAGGAAACCACGAAAGUAGGCAGAUUACUCAGGUGUAUGGCUUUUAUGAUGAAUGUCAGUCCAAGUAUGGAAAUGCCAAUGCCUGGAGAUAUUGCUGUAAAGUGUUUGAUCUCCUCACUGUGGCUGCUGUUAUUGAUGGAUCAAUUUUGUGUGUCCAUGGUGGGUUAUCACCAGAUAUUCGGACUCUUGAUCAGGUACGGACUAUAGAUCGUAACAUGGAAAUCCCACACAAAGGAGCUUUUUGUCAUCUGGUGUGGUCUGAUCCAGAAGAUGUUGAUACUUGGGCUAUAAGUCCUAGAGGUGCAGGAUGGCUGUUUGGGGCUAAAGUCACUAAUGAGUUUGUACACAUCAACAGCUUGAAGCUGAUAUGCCGCGCUCACCAGUUAGUCCAUGAAGGAUACAAGUACAUGUUCGAUGAGACAUUAGUCACUGUUUGGUCAGCUCCAAACUACUGUUACCGUUGUGGAAACAUUGCAUCAAUAUUGGCUUUCUCUGAUCCUGAUACAAGAGAUCCCAAGCUAUUUAAAGCAGUACCAGACUGUGAGAGGAUUAUACCUCCCAGAACCACAACUCCUUACUUUCUGUAAAUAAGGAGAAGUAAAACAAGAUUUAAUGUUUUCCCAUCAUUAAAGUCAAAAGCAUGCUUUGUAAAUAGUCCAAUUGGGUAAAGACCUUCCAAUUUGACAUGAGGCACUGGAAACUUGAAUAGUCCUCUUGAAAAGUCAUGAUCAUUUUGGCCAUUGCUGGACAAGUGGAGAUCUCAGAGAAAUGGUCAUUUUAAGCUUGUGUGGCUGUUUCUCAGAACACUUCAAAUUGUCUUUGUAAAUAUCUUUUGUGAGCUAGCUGUGUAUUGUAUACAUUGUUGAAGAGAUACUUUUUCAAUGUGAAUUGCCAACAGUUUUCAUUAGAGGUGUAUAAUCACAUUAUUAUCCACCCACUGUAGUUAACAGUUAAAUUUUAAGUUAGAGUCACAGAUAGUAUUUCACUCAUCCUAAGCAUGUUUUUCAGAGUUAAAACUAGUUGAUGUACCGAAUUGAAAUUUGGCAUCCAAUUUGAAUUGCCAUUGUUUUGGACUGACUAACCUCUCACACAUGUGAUAAUCCUUUUGUGUUUCCACAAUUCAGUGGACAUGUUUCUGAGAAAACAUUAAAAUUGGUAACAUGACCUUUUGAGAUAUGCUGUAUUAUUUCAUUUGCUUCUUUCAAUAUUACCUCUAUCAAAUGUAGGCAGAAAGUAGAUAUAGGUGCUUUGAACAUGUAAAAUCUUUUUUUUUUCUAAAUAAAGAAAAAGCAGUGUUCUGCUGAGAAUUGAAGUCUAAA